ACCGGAAACAGCGACACGUUGUCUCUACCUUGCCAUGUGAGCAGUUUUCGGUGCAUCAGAAGUUGAAGUAGUAGCACAAUCAAAGGAACAAUUGGAGGCCUGCAUUCAGUGUUACCGAGCUAUGCAUUUCCAGGAGUGGUUACGGUCACUUCGCUCCAGCGCUGGUCUCAAAGGGUCUGAUUCUGAGGAUUUCUGGAGUCUCCUGCCGUCCUUCCCCCUGUCCUCCCUGUCUCUGUCCCAAUCCUCUCUGCUGGGUUUAGGAGCUCUCGCCUCUAUCACAGCGUACUGGCUGGUGACCCGUCCUCGACCCAUGCGUCCUCCCUGUGACCUGCAGGCCCAGUCUGUGGCUAUCAAUGGAGAUCCCAGCUGCAGGCGGUCUGCUCUUCUAAAAGAUGACACACUGCUGGAAUUUUACUACGAUGACACCAGGACAGCCUUCGACAUGUUCCAGAGAGGCCUGAGGAUUGCAGGAGAUGGCCCGUGUCUUGGCUUCAGAAAGCCGGGGCAGCCCUACGAGUGGAUCUCCUACUCUGAGGUGGCGGAGCGGGCGCAGGUGCUGGGCUCCGGGUUGCUGGCCAAAGGCUGCCAGCCGAACCCCGAGCAAUUUGUAGGGAUAUUUGCACAGAACCGACCGGAGUGGAUCAUCUCAGAGCUGGCCUGCUACACCUACUCCAUGGCGGUGGUUCCUCUGUACGACACGCUGGGGCUGGAGGCCAUGGUCCACAUUCUCAACCUGGCGGAGAUCUCUCUGGUGAUCUGCGACCGCGAAGAGAAGGCAGCAGCCUUGUUGGAGAACAAGGAGAAAGGCGUGACUCCGAAGCUCUCCUGCCUGGUUCUCUUCAACGAUUUCAGCGACGCGUUUGUGGAGAGGGCGAAGAUCUGCGAGGUGGAGGUUUUGAAACUGGAGCAGCUCAUGGACCUGGGAAGGCAGAACCUCAAAGACCCUGUGCCGCCCCAGCCUCAGGAUCUGGCCGUGGUUUGCUUCACCAGUGGAACCACAGGGAAGCCAAAGGGAGCCAUGAUCACCCACGGCAACAUCGCCUCCAACACUUCCUCUGUCAUUAAGAUCCUGGAGGGUUCGUUUGUGAUCCGACAGGAGGAUGUGUCGAUUUCUUACCUGCCUCUUGCCCACAUGUUUGAGCGGAUGAUUCAGGUCUCUAUGUUCUGCCACGGGGCCCGAGUAGGAUUCUACCAAGGAGACAUCUCUCUUCUAAUGGACGACAUUAAAACUCUCAAACCUACCUUCUUCCCCGUGGUGCCUCGUUUACUCAAUCGCAUCUAUGACAAGAUCCUGGGUUCUGUGACUUCUCCGCUGCGCCGGGCUUUGCUUCACUACGCGGUCAGGAGGAAGCAGGCGGAGCUCAGCAGCGGGGUUGUGCGUAACAACAGUCUUUGGGACAGACUGGUGUUCAACAGGAUUCAGGCCAAUUUAGGAGGCAAUCUGCGGUUCGCCCUGACGGCCUCUGCACCCAUCAGCCCCACCGUGCUGUCCUUCCUCAGAGCCACUAUGGGUUGCCUCAUCUUCGAGGGUUACGGACAGACUGAGUGCACCGCAGGCUGCACUUUCUCCAUGCCCGGAGACUGGAGCGCAGGUCAUGUCGGUGCCCCCUUACCCUGUGCUAAGGUGAAGCUGGUGGACAUCCCGGACAUGAACUACUUUGCUAAGAACGGAGAUGGAGAGAUCUGCAUUAGUGGCCCCAGUGUGUUCAGAGGUUACCUGAAGGACCCAGAGAGGACGGCUGAAGCGCUGGACAGCGAUGGCUGGCUGCACAGCGGGGACGUGGGACAGUGGCUUCCAAACGGGACGCUACGCAUUAUCGACCGGAAGAAGCACAUCUUCAAGUUGUCUCAGGGCGAGUACAUCGCUCCGGAGAAGAUAGAAAACGUCUACAUGCGGUGUGUCCCGGUGCUACAGGUGUUCAUUCACGGAGAUAGUUUACAGUCUUACCUCAUAGGCAUAGCUGUUCCUGACCCUGAGGUGUUUGUCAACUGGGCAAAAGAGCGAGGGUUUGUGGGAUCCUAUGAAGAGCUGUGCCAGAAUCCGGAUUUAAAGAGUGCAGUAUUAGAGGACAUGAAGGCAGUGGGGAAGGAAGCAGGCCUGAAGUCCUUCGAACAAGUGAAGGAUCUCUACUUGCAUCCAGAGAUGUUCAGCAUCGCCAACGGCCUCCUCACCCCGACACUGAAAAGCAGACGCGUCGACAUCCGGAAAUACUUUCAGGAACAAAUAACAAACAUGUACAGCAAGACCGCUAUCUGAAGGAUGGCACACACACACCACACACACACACACACACACACGGAGUCCAAGAAGGGAAAUCAUAUGGGACAGGGAACUUGGAGAAGGAAAUGUAAAUCCUAUAUGUCCAGCAGUGCCUUAUUUUAAAAUAUACAACUGUAUAUAUUUUGGAAUAUUGGUAUUUUGCAGAAGUUUGAUCUUUCGUCCACCUCUUGCACAUAUGUAUAGAUUAUUAACUUCACAUGGAAAGUAACACACAGUGGGACCAAACCAUUUAUUCUCAGCCUGUCAUGUACACUAAUUCAGAGUUCUAGACUUUUACAGAUAAAUUAUUGUGGAGUUGUAGUGGUACGUCGCAGAAAUAAUUAAGAAGCAUCCUGCAGAGACGUUGAGCUAGACAUUUAUUUACACUUUCCUGUUGUAGUCCCAUGCAAGGACUUCUUAAAGGGACACUUUGGGUACUGGUAACUCACAAAACGUGCAUUAACUGGUUGUGUAUUUUUGUAUAGGUGUGAGGGUUGAAUUCACCUACAGUUAAACCACUAAAAAGGGUUUUAACCAGCAGUUAUUUGUAAAAACAAAACACCCUGAACUGUACAUUCUGCUUUUUUGCUGACAGGACACUACUGACUAAUUCCAGUAAAGGUAAACUGAAAAUAAAUAAAGUUAAGAAACGGA